AUGAUCCAUGGCUACGCAAUGCCUGUCUACGUACAUACCUUGCCGAGGAUAGGAAGAUGGCUGAAUGCUCCUGGUAUGGAAAAUGAUAAACAAUUGGCUUUUGAAGUGCAUAUCAAAUUCGAUAACGAGGUGUUCUCGGCUCGUGAUAUUAUAAUCGACUUGCCUGGCAUGGCAUGCCUGGUUGAGGCUGUCCCAAAUGCGAUUCCACUUAUGAAGGGGAGGCUACCUGUUGAGAGUGCGGAUGCAGACACUUAUACUGCUGUGAGGUUGAAUUCGGACGAUCUAGUAAGUAUCGCAAACGCAAAAGACGAAAGGGAAGAAAGUUGUUGGUUCACUCUACUUAACUCUACUUACAAUCCCGUGAGGAAGAAGAUUAAGGAGAAUAGCCAUUCGAAGACUAUUCCCUCUGAUCUCUCAUUUUUUACUUUCAAAACGGCCAUUGAACGGCAAGGGGAGUUUGUGAAUGUCGAACAAGACGCAACUCCAUGCGGAGGAAAUUAA